GUUGAAAACAUCUAUUCGUGUUUACAGCAUGGAUGAAUCAGGAUUAAUCAAGUAUCGAUUCAAUGAACACGUACGCGCGCUCAUUAAUAAAGUCUAUGGGGCGCACGCACGUCAACGCCCCCUCGUCCUUCUAGCCGGUUUCCAGUCAGCCACCUGGCACGGAUUGAGUCAACAACUCGGCUCAGGGGGGAGAAAGGCGUCUAACGGAACCUCGGCCCCCACCGGAAUGUCAUCACCAGUCAGCGGCAUCAACAGCGGCAACAGGACACCGGCCGGAAGGAAUCGAACAUCUGCAAAGCCAUCAUUCCAGUCAUCUCCUGUAUUUGAGGGUGUCUAUAACAAUGCCAGAAUGCUUCAUUUCCUCACAGCUGUUGUGGGUUCCACUUGUGACAUAAGAGUGAAGAAUGGAAGUGUAUUUGAAGGCAUAUUCAAGACUCUAAGUUCUCGGUGUGAGUUGGCUGUGGAUGCGGUACACAAACGCAGUGGGGAGGAAGUCUCGACAUCAGCUCAUCCACGGAGGGAGGACAUCACUGACACUAUGAUCUUCAGCCCCUCUGACUUGGUUACAAUGAUCUGCAGAGAUGUUGACCUCAACUAUGCUACCAGAGAUACAUUCACAGACACGGCCAUCAGCUCCAGCCGUGUCAAUGGAGAACACAAGGAGAAGGUGUUGCAGAGAUGGGAGGGAGGAGACAGUAAUGGAGAGAGUUACGAUCUGGACAAUGAUGCAUCUAAUGGCUGGGAUGCCAAUGAGAUGUUCCGUUACAAUGAAGCAAAAUAUGGAGUCACAUCAACAUAUGAUUCCAGCCUCUCUAUGUAUACUGUACCACUGGAAAAAGGCAACUCUGAGGUCUAUCGGCAGAGGGAGGCACGUGCCGCUCGCCUGGCAAGUGAGAUUGAGUCUAGUCCCCAGUAUCACCAUCGUGUUAACCUGGAAAACGAUGAGGGUAAAAGCGAGGAGGACAAGUACAGCGCUGUGGUGCGGGAUAGCAGUGAUCGGGAGAAGGGCCGUGAAAGUCCCCGUGACAGAGAACGUGAAAGGGGUCGAGACAGCCCUGGAGCCAGCAACAGGGAGGGCAAGUACAUUCCAUUACCUCAGCGUCAGAGAGAGAUGAACCGGGAGCGAGCCGAGAGGGGUCCUGGCGGGCCUUCACCUCACAGUCGUCUAGGCGGAGGUUACCGCUUCCCCCCUCCGUCAUCUUCUUCCCCGUCCCCGAGACCCCCCUUGCCCUCUGCUUCGGGGCCCCAGACCACCGUAUCCCCGUCAGAGAGAAGCAGCCCUCUCUCAGGCCGAGUUGGGGCCUACACUCCCCACCACCCCCAGGGAAGCCCCAGCCCAGGUCCGGGCUCUAGCCCUGCAAGCCCAUACACACCUGCCUCUCCUGGUGGACCAGCACCUACGCCAGCCUCUGCUUCUGCUGCCCCUUCCCCAACCAACCCCCCUGCCGUACAUGGACACACAGUCCCUCAUUCUCAGUCACUCCCACACUCCCUGUCAGAUGCUGGCAGGCCUGUUAAUGGAGUCUCUGUUAGAACAUCUCCUAAAGCUCAGAGACCUCCACAGUCGAGCAGGACAGUUCGCACUCCAAACUCGCACACUCAGUCCACAGCUAUUCGCUCCCCUAAAUCAGGCUCUUCGCAGGACACGCCUUAUUUAGACACAUCGUCUGUCUCCCUGCCUACCCAGAAGACGUCUGGCCCCGCCCCUCUCUUCCCUGUAGAUGUGAAUGAGAUCCUUGGUGCAACUGCAAAGGAGCGCUCCACUGAGAGCCCCGGCAUCACAGAGGAGGGCAAGAGUAAUAAAGCUCCCUCAGUUCAGCGAUUGUUGCAUUUUGAAGAGCUGCGGAAUUUUGCCGGGGGUUUCAGGCUCCAGCUAAGUGGAGGCAGCUCAAGCUCCCCCAGUUCUCCACCACAAGCAGCCCCUCCAGCUGUCACUGAGGUCGCUCAGUCCACUGCAGCCAAGCCCUCACCGUCAGACUCCCACCCUGAGCCCAAACCUCAGCCUUUAGCUCCCAGCCCCUCUCAGCCCCCACCUCAGCCAUCACCUGCCCCCGCUGAGGACCCCAUUAAGGAGAAUGCAGCAGCCACUGGUGCAACAACGGCGGCCACUCCAAUUGUUUCAGACAGGCAGUCACCAGCCGCACCACAGCCAGCCAGCACCCCAGGAAGUGAAGAGGUCCGGUCUGACACAACAGAGCGGGCAGAGGGUGUGGCAGACCAAGUUAAGAAAUCAACCUUAAAUCCCAAUGCUAAAGAGUUCAACCCUAUCAAACCUCAGAUACCUAUGACAAAGCCCAACACUGCACCAACCCCACCUCGACCAACUCCUCCAAGCCCAGUGGUCCUACAGCACCCAGGCGGACAAGGGCCACUCUAUAAUGCUCCUUACCUCUCCUAUGUGUCACAGAUUCAUUCUGUUCAGCCCCCACCCAUGUACCAGUACACCAUGUCUACAGUCGGCCAGGGAAAAUACCCCAGGACCAAAGGCUCAGUAGUGGCCCCACGCUCUGAUCAUGGUACUUCAGGACCCCCCAUGCUGCAAGCUGCAGCAUCAGCAGCUGGGGCCCCUCUGGUAGCAUCCCCCUACCCUCAGUCAUACCUUCAAUACAACCCGCAGCAGUACGGCCAGCAGCAGGUCAUCCAGGCCAUGACACCCUACCCUGGACAGCCAAUGUAUUCCAUGCUGCAGGGUGGAGCCAGGAUGAUAGGUCAAGGUGCAGGUGCACCAGCCCUGGGUCCCCCAGGAGGCCCCCAGUUUCCUGCACAGGGAGACGGCCCUCAGGGACCACAGCAGGGCAUCUAUGCCCCACAGUCCUUCUCCCACCACUCAGGUACAGUGCAUCAGCCACAGCCUUCCAGUACCCCGACAGGCAACCAGCCCCCGCCCCAGCACGCUGCACCUAGCCCUGGACAGAAUGCCCAGUCAGGCCCACAGCCACAAUCCUUGUACCACUCAGGUCCCUUAUCAGCUCCCACCCCACCCAGCAUGCCACCAGGCCACACGUCUCCACAGGGCUCUUACCCCAUUCAGGGCUACAGCAUCCACAGUCACCAGGGCAUCCCACCCUCAUACCCCCUGGGACAGAUAGCACAGGCCCAUGUACAAGGAGCCAUGUCAGGUCCCCACCACUCAGCAAACCACGGUCAGCCCCAGUUAGUGAUGUUACAGCCGCCCCCUCAGCAGGGCCCUGGCUCAGUGCCCCAGCAUGGACCUCAGCAGGGAGCACACCAACACUUCUACAUACCACAAGCGAUGCAGGUACAAACACAUCCUGCUCCCUUCCACCCAUCUGGAAAUUAAACCACUCCAGGCACUCCCAGCUGUCCCCAGGAAUGAGCCACUGCUGCUGGAUACGAGGCCCAGACUGAAUGGAAGGGACAACAACGGCACCUUAUUCUUCUACUGUAAUGUUCUUCAUCAGUAGAAACAUUGAGGAGAUGAGGACGGCCUUUUUAUAUUUAAUGCUGGUGAUGAAGGCGGCAGACGACAGCAGCAGUGUCCCUGUUCUUCUCUCCAACUUCUAGCCUUUUCAAAGACACGAGGCACCUUGCUGGGCAGACAAGAUGAAAAAUGGAAGCAGAUGCUUUAUCUUCCACAAAUGUGUCUUAGCUUUGCAGGCUUUUGCAAAGUACCAAGACACGAACAGAAAUGCAGACUGUUGCAGGAUUCUCGCAUACACAGCAUGAAAGGAGGGUUUUGAAGAGAAGAGGGAAUUUUUAGCAAAUCAUUUUUCUUUUUUUAACUCAGUCUAGUAGUUAUACCACCCCUUCUCUCCUGUAGGAAAAAAAAAAUUAAUAAAAAAGGACAAGGAAAAAAUAUUAAAACAAUGACCAAAAAUAAAGUUUUCAACUCAACUACAAAGCUC